ACAGCGGCGACUGCUCGACUCGCGCUCGUGCGUUCAGAACAAGCUGUGCAGAGCUCGCGUUAAUUAAGCAGAGUAAACCGAAUGCGCGUGCAUCGUAUGAACCGCGGAACAAUUCGUCCGUCUCAGUUGUUUGUGUUAAAAAAAAAAGUAGUCAAAACCUUCUGUUAAUUCUAAGUAGAGAAUAAAUUCGCUGCUAAUUCUAUUGAUUCGACUUUUCUAAUCUCAGAUUUCAUUUUACCAGCUCAGCGAAGCAGAAAUACCGACUGACUCCAAAUAAUCACCAGCAGAACGCGAUGUCCUCAAUGACGUAAUGUAAAGGAUGUAAAGAAGAAGAAGAAGAAGAAGAAGAAGAAGAAUAGGUUUAUUUGCUUGGACUCAUUCGCAGCAUGUCCCAUGCAGAAGUGGAGGUGUCUGGCCUCGGCUUUCCGAGUUUACCUGUUGAUCUUCGAGCGCACGCGCUGAGCGCCAGGAGGAACUCGUACGUGCUUCACAAACUGGAGCUCGAGCCGCAGUUCUACAGCGCGCCAUCAUGGUCCGACCAAAAUGUCCUAACCGAAAGACGCACAGAAGAAUUAAAAUCUGUCGAUAGUCCUUCAUCUCCGGCGUCUCCGCAGUCCUCACCAUCCAAAGCGCAGUGGGACGCCGCGGUUCCGGUGGCCGUUGCGCACGAGGCGAGCUCGGAUUCGGACCCCGAGCCCACGAAAAGCAACCAAAAGUUGAUCAAAAGACUCGAAAGCCGAUGGGAGCAAGAGGAAAAGGAGGACGUGGAGACCAAAGCCGUGGCCACAUCUCCCGAUGGCCGAUAUCUGAAGUUUAACGUGGAGAUCGGCAGAGGCUCGUUUAAGACCGUCUAUAAAGGUUUGGACACGGAGACCACAGUGGAGGUGGCGUGGUGCGAGCUGCAGACACGGAAACUGACUAAAGUGGAGCGGCAGCGGUUCAGCGAGGAGGUGGAGAUGCUGAAGAACCUCCAGCACCCAAACAUUGUUCGCUUUUAUGACUCCUGGAAGUCCACAGUGAAAGGACACAAGUGUGUUCUCCUAGUCACGGAACUUAUGACCUCCGGCACCCUCAAAACGUACCUGAAACGCUUUAAGGAAAUGAAGCCUAAGCUUCUUCAGCGCUGGAGCCGUCAGAUACUAAAAGGGCUCCAUUUCCUGCACACUAGAACGCCUCCUAUCAUCCACAGAGACCUGAAAUGUGACAACAUCUUCAUUACGGGACCCACAGGGAGCGUGAAAAUUGGCGAUCUCGGUCUUGCUACACUCAAGAGAGCAUCGUUUGCUAAGAGUGUAAUCGGAACACCAGAGUUUAUGGCUCCAGAGAUGUAUGAGGAGAAAUAUGAUGAGGCUGUCGAUGUAUACGCAUUCGGGAUGUGCAUCUUAGAGAUGACGACAUCAGAAUACCCAUACUCAGAAUGCCAAAACGCAGCACAAAUCUACCGCAAAGUCACAAGUGGCAUGAAACCAGACAGCUUCUACAAAGUGAAAGUGCCAGAGCUGAAAGAGAUUAUAGAAGGAUGCAUACGUAUGAACAAAGAUGAACGAUACACCAUUCAGGACCUGCUGGAGCACGUAUUCUUUCAGGAGCAUAAUGGUGUGCGUGUGGAGCUGGCAGAGGAGGAUGACAUGGAGAAGUCUAGCCUGAAGCUCUGGCUGCGGAUGGAUGGCACCAAGAAGCUCCAUGGCAAGUACAAGGACAACAAUGCCAUCGAGUUCCUGUUCGAGCUCUACAAGGACGUGCCUGAAGAGGUGGCACAGGAGAUGGUGGUGCUGGGAUUUGUGUGUGAGGCCGACUACAAAUUGGUUGCCAAGGCAAUGCGGGACCGAGUAACAGCCAUCAAACGUCAGCGCGAGAGACAGCGUCGGAUACGUGAGGAGGAGAAGAAGAAGCAGGAGGAGACCAUUGAGGAGGAACCUGAGUCACCUUUGCCUAAGCUCACUAGCCAUGUGCUGGAUAGCCCCGCCUCUUCCCCAGUGCAGAUCCCACCCACUCUGCCACUUCAUGACCCUCCUGCUGUCUCUCCGGUUAUCUCCCCAGAAGGGAUCAAUGGGGGCUUUUUACAAGAACCAGAAGAACCAGAGGCCGACCAACACUUUCACAUCCGCCACACCAGCUAUUCAUCAGUUGCAUCCGAUUGUGAGACAGACGGCUAUCUCAGUCCCUCUGGCUUUCAAGAUGGGCCUGAUGCUGCUAUAGGAAAUCUUUGCAGCCCUUCUACCCCACCGUCUAAUUUGGCCACACCCCCCAUCACGCCCACCUCAACUCCACCAAUGCCGCUUCUCCGCUUUCCCUCGAGCAUUGCUGUAUGUAAUAAUAUCGACAAAAAAGUAUCAGGGCCUCCUAGUCCUUUCUCCUCAUCUGUGGACAGCUAUGCCUCAGACGUGACCUCGGGUUUGAGUGACGGCUACGAGGGCCAAUCAGAGACGGGCAGUAAGUCAGCUGCCCGGCGGACAGCAACGAGACUGUUCAAGAGAAGGUCCAGGUCCCGUCUGCGCAUUACAGGGCUAUCUGAUAAAGUGGACCGGGUGGUGGAGUGUCAGCUUCAGACACACAAUGAUAAAAUGGUCACCUUCAAAUUUGACCUCGAUGGUGAUAACCCUGAAGACAUCGCUGUCGUUAUGGUGCACAACGAGUUCAUCCUCCCCUCUGAGAGAGACGGCUUUAUUCACCGGAUACGUGACAUCAUCAAGCGAGCAGAGUCUCUAAUGGGCAAAGAUUUGGCUGGGCAGCAGGGCAAACAAGAAGGCAUGCAUUUCCCACAGCAUAACACCGCCAGCACCAUUUCCUCAUCGCAGCCAAACCUGCAGAAUCUUGCUCGGACACAUUCCACCUCCUCUCUGCCAGAGUCCCAUGGCUCCGUGGCAGGGCAGAACGGAGAUAUUACAUCACCAGUACGACCCCUCUUGCGUUCACAGUCCUUCCAUAACACACUGGGAACAUCUCACCCAUUCCAUACCACAUACCCAUCCAAUCCCACCAUGUCCCUUUCAAAUCUUGGCCACAUGCAGCAGUUUCCGAUGCCCAUUAUGACCAGCUCUGCUCAACUUCCCUACCUGUACCCACCAAACCCUGGAUCCCCCAAGACUGUUCAUCCCUCACGAUCACAUGUCCAUAGUAACCCCUCCCACCUCACGUCUGCCUCUUCUGGCCCUCAUGUCUCAGAUUCCAUAAGCGCCACUGCUGAUGGUAAUCCCAUGACCACACACAUGCCCACCAUAUGGGCGCCACAAACACCCCCGCUUUUCUCCUUGGCAAACAUGCUCUCCAUGGCCAUGAGCAUGGCCCAGUCCUUCAUCCCUCCCCCUAACCUGCCUGCCUCUAUGCUGCCACCCUUGCCUUCUCUUCCUGGCUUUCCACCACACUUCAGCCAUGCUAUGCCACCCCAGCCUGGGUAUCCUAUGGCAUAUGCACCCCACUAUACACUGCCUGUGCAAGCAGAUGGCAUAUACCCACCAUACAAUCCAGAUGCUCCGAAUCUGAAUCAGGAUGCUGUGUAUGGAUUUGCUCAAAGGACACAUUCCACAUUUACACAUGCACCUGGGAUGCCCACGCAUACAGACACUCAUGUGCAGCAAAUGUCCAGCAGUGUCCCACAGAAAGGGGUUCAGGGUAGUCUUCCUACACACAUCCAACACCACCCUACGAACUAUUCUCUCCCACAAGGAUAUACAGAAGCUUUUCCCAGACCGUCACUGAGCCAAGCAAGCCUCUCCAGAUCAUCUUCCUCUGGAUUGUCAUCUUCCCCAAGACCUAGUCCAGAGAGCAUGGCUUCUUCCUCCAGUCCAAGAUCCCUUUCCCCAUCAGCAGAACCAGACACUAGUACCAGUAAUUUGUGUGAGCACAGAGAAUCUCCUGUCAGCUCUGAGUCAAAACCAGUAGUAACAGUCGGGCGCUUCCAGGUUUCACCUACAAAGGUGAUCCCACCUCCCUCUUCACCUGCUAUCAAAAGCCCCAACACUACUCCGGCCCUGACACCUGCUGUUUCACCAGACAUUCUAACCAAGAUUUCCAUUGGUUCCUCACAUGAUAAUCAAACUAAGGGGCAAUCAGGGGUAGAGAGAAACAAAAUUUCCACCCUGAAUGCCACCUUCUCUCAGCACCUCCACAUAGAUGUUCCUGAAGCUAAACACUUCUUGGAUGCUACUCAUGACCAAAGCCAAUCAUUGGACCUUGAGCAGAAGUUGUUGUCUGAGGCUCCUUAUGAUGCGUUCUGCCUCCAUGAACAAUCUCAACAAGAUGCUAAAAUGACCUGGACUGCUGAGACCAAAGAAGAGGAGAAAGCGGAGGUACAGCAGAGUGGCGACGAGGAGCCCGACGAAGAUGACAAGGCCCAGGAGGAGCAGCAGCAGAGGAAGAAGAAAACCCGAAGGCUUGGUUCUGUACAGUCUUUGACUGGGACAUCAGUAGACAGCGGGCUUUGCGUCAUUAUGGAUCCCGAUGGGGGUCUCGGGGACGGGAUUAUGGACAGCCCUCAAUGUUCUGUCCCUCACCACAACAUGUGGAUGAGCUACACACGCACCAGUUCCUACAUGAGCAGUGACGAAUCUGAAAGUGAGGACGAGGAGAUGUGGGAUGAGCUGCAGGAGCUGAGGAAGAAGCAUUUGUCUGAGGUGCAGACUCUGCAGGCGGUACAGAAGCGAGAAAUUGAGGAGCUCUAUGAGCGGAUGGGGAAAGUUCCUCCUCCGUGCAUCCUCUCGCCUGCAACCAUGUUGUCCAGUCGACAGCGUCGGCUGUCUAAGGGAGGAGGCUUUCCUUCAACUCGUCGUGACAGCCUUCAGAGACUGGAUAUUCUCCCUAUAACAGGGAUAAUAAGAAAGACCUCUGUAAGUGGCAGCAGCAGCGGCAGCAGCAGCGGCAGCAGCAGCAGUUCACAGGAACGAUCUGCUAAUGGGGUGACGACCUUUACUCCUGACCUUACCAGAAUGGUAUGCUCCACUUAAAUAGUGCCUGUUCCAUGCAAG